AUGAGUCUCACCGUGUCAGCACAAGACGCUUCAGCUGCUCCAUAUGACGCCCAGUUGUACGUGGCAAUAGACUGUGAAUUUGUGGGAGUGGGUCCGGAGGGGGCCCACGACCAGCUUGCUCGAGUCUCACUAGUCGAUUACUUUGGCUCCGUGCUGCUGGAUGUGUUUGUGCAGGGACCACGGCCUGUUGUCGACUACCGAACUGAGGUGAGCGGUAUUACCCCGGAGCUGGUUCAGGAGGGAGUUGAGUUCAAUGCUGCCCGACUCGCCGUGGUCAAACUUAUUGACGGUAAGGUCUUGGUUGGCCAUUCCAUCAAGCACGACCUGCUAGUUCUGCAGAUCAACUGGAAGAAGUACUCGUUGCGAGACAGCCAGGAUCACCGACCUUUUUUACGAAGAGAUCGACCUCAGAAACUAAAGUAUCUUGCUCGCGGAAUUGGUUUGUCCAUUCAGUCAGGAGAACACUCUUCUGUGGAAGACGCUCAGGCCGUUAUGGCCGUGUACAGGGCACACAAAGAUGAGAUGGACCGUUGCUGUGAUCAUUACAAUACCUGA